GUGGGGGCUCCGGGAUCCAAUAGGGUUUACCAUGGUGUCCCCCGCCAUCGCUCUGGCCUUCCUCCCCUUCCUCAUCACUCUGCUGAUCCGGUACCGCCAUUACCUGGUGCUGCUGUACCGCGCCGCGCUGCUGCCUUGGCUGCAGGACCGACUGACCGGGGUCCCCCGCGAACAACGCGCCUUCCAAUACGUGCUGAGCCACGCCAUCCCCGGGGACCCCCAGCACAUCCUGCUCACCUUCGACCAGUGGAGCUACAACUGCGAGCACCUCAGCUGCGUGGGACCCCUCAAAGGGAAGAUCGUGGAGCGGCUGCUUUGUGAGCGGGCACCUCGUUCUGUGCUGGAAUUGGGCACGUACUGCGGGUAUGGCACCGUGCUGAUGGCUGCGGCGCUGCCGGGCGGCGCUCACCUCUGCACCGUGGAACCCAACCCACAGCACGCGGCCGUGGCCGAGAAGGUGAUUCGGCUGGCGGGAUUCGAUGAGCAGACGGUAGAGCUGAUCGUGGGCCCCACCGACGAGGUGAUCCCGCAGCUGAAGGCGCAGAACGGCUUCGACUUUGUGUUCAUGGACCAUUGGAAGAGGAGCUACCUGAGGGACCUGAGGCUGCUGGAGGAGCACGGGCUGCUGGCUGAUAAGGCCACGGUGCUGGCUGAUAACGUGGUGUUCCCCGGCGCGCCGCAUUUCUUGCAAUACGCCAAGACGUGCGGCAAGUAUCGGUGCAGGGUGCACAGAGCCAGCCUGGAGUAUUGCAGGGCCAUCCCCGACGGCAUCGCUGAGCUCUGCUACGUCGGGGCACGGUGAGAUGGGACAGAUCACAACCCAGCCAUUAAAACACAAAGGGAACGUGGG